CAAUUGAGAACUGUCCUCAAGUUCCGGAUACCAGAGAGAUGCUUCUCUCUGCGGAUACUUUUCCAAAUUUUUACACGUUAAUACCGCGUUUGACGUAUAGACAGCGCUGAUGUCACGUGACACCUGCUCCAAUCGCGUCCGAUUGUCCGAACACUCCGAACUGCUCCGAACUUUAAUGUGUAUCGCGCGUCGGUCACGUAGGCUGGUUUUUUCUAUCAAUUGCUCGAUAAGAGUGUAAUAUAUCAUUGUCGCAUUGUUGAUUGUCGUAAGCUCGCGGAUUUGUUGAUUAGUGCAACUAUCGCCGUGGAAUUCGCUGAUGCGAGGAAUAUUGGCAGGUCGCUCUGUCAUUCGGAGGCUGAUCUAAUGAGCCAUUGACGAUGGCUGACGUGCCGUCAGUCACGGAAAAUACAGAGGAGCCAGGCAAACAGGAGGAUCUUAUGAAGAAUUAUGAAUUCGACGGGCAAACGUACAUAUAUACCGACAAGGCAACGAACAUUACCUAUAAGUUUGAUCAAGAGACUAAUAAAUGGAUUGUGAAAGAAGAUAAUGAAAGUGCUGAUAGUGAGAGGAGCCCCGACAGGACGGAGAAGAAAGAAGAUGCUGGCCCCGAAGCUGGUGCUGCAGCUGAUGCUUUCGGCUUCGAAAACGACACGCACACUUACACGGAUCCAAACGACGGCAGCGUGUACUUCUGGGACAACGAGAAGAACGCCUGGUUUCCGAAAGUCGACGAGGACUUCAUGGCCAGGUAUCAGAUGAACUACGGUUUUACGGAUACGAAUGCGCCUCACCAGCCGAAACCACCGGAGCCGAAACAGCCGCCGCCGCCGCCGCCGCCCCAUCAGAAAGCCAAGGAGGAAAAGGAGCAGAGGAAAGCGGAGGCCAAACGGAAAGCUCAGGAACCGCCGACCUGGUUCGAGGUCGACGAGGCGCACAACACCGCUAUCUACGUAUCCGGCCUACCUCUGGACAUUACUAUGGACGAGCUCACGCAACUCUUCACCAAGUGUGGCCUCAUAGCGAGGGACGAAAGGGGGAAGGACAAGAUCAAAUUGUACAAAGACGGCAACGGGGAACCGAAGGGGGACGCUCUCUGCACCUAUAUCAAGGUCGAGUCGGUGGAUCUGGCGCUGAAAAUUUUAGACGGCUCGCAAAUCCGGGGGAAAACACUGUCGGUUCAGAGGGCGAAGUUUCAAAUGAAGGGCGAAUACGAUCCCGCGUUGAAACCGAAGCGGAAAAAGAAGGAUAAGGAGCGGCAGAAGAAGAUGCAGGAAAAAUUGUUCGACUGGCGACCGGAGCGUAUGCGAGGCGAACCGCUGAAAUGCGAAAGGGUCGUCAUCAUAAAAAACCUUUUCACACCGGAGGAUUUUGACAGGGAAGUCCAGCUGCUCUUGGAAUACCAGCAGGAUAUUCGAUCCGAGUGCCUGAAGUGUGGCGAUGUUAGGAAAGUUGUCAUCUAUGACAGACAUCCUGAAGGAGUAGCGCAAGUCACAUUCCGAGAACCGGCAGAGGCGCAAGCUUGCGUGCAGCUUCUGAACGGCCGUUGGUUCAGUCAGAGGAAGAUCUCGGCGGAGAUCUGGGACGGCAAGACCAAGUACAAAAUUACAGAAACUGACGCGGAGAUCGAAGCACGAUUGAACAAAUGGGAUAAAUAUUUGGAGCAGGAGGACGAGGAGAAGGAAAAGAAGAAGGAAGAGACGAAGAGCAGCAACGAGGGACAAAAAGCGUCACAAUAAGAAUGUACCUUAAGAUCGAUAGAAUUGUAAUUAUAUUUUGAGGAAUCUAUUUUCUUCAUUUCUCCAAAAGUCCUCAGGCCGUGGUAUUGCAUUUGAGUGUUAAGCUCCAAGCUUUCCUUUUGGACGUAUUAAAAUGAGAAUCCGGAUGAUUAAUCAAGCCUGUCACGACGUGGUUGAGACCAUAAGUCGCUCGCGAUUUUCAUGAUUGAAGUCGGCGCUACUAUUGUACUAGUAAUACAUUGUUAGUUGUUACAACAAUAAAGCUGUCUCUCCGA